GGUUAUACAAUGGGAUAGUGAACCUCCCUCAGCUCUUGAAAGAUGCGGAGGAAGAGAAUUCUAAGAAAGCCAGAGCCAACAAAGGAAAGGAUGAGAAUGUUGGAGCAAUGUAUACAUGUAUCGCUAGUCGGUUAAAAUUUCUACGAUUAUUCUACCUAGGUCUUACUUCCCUGGAAAAAGGUGAAGUAACGGAAGGCUAUCGUCUAAUAAGUGGAUCACGUGACCAGCUAACCUCUAUCCUCAGUACAGUCUCCCUAGGGACCUGCCCUGCCGCUGGUCAGAAUAUGCUGGGAUUUGACCCUGGAGCUAACCAGCGUCUGCUCCCCCCAACCUUCCCUCGGUUCACUAAGACCCGUGAUAGAUCUACGGCUGUGAAAUAUUACCAGGAUCUGACGAACAAUGUGUUGUUGGUGUGCGGGGUGAACUCGAUCCAGGGGUUCCACUCCUUGCUCAACUUUUUCCAGGAGUUUAGCUCUAGAUCCCCCUGUCUACUAAGCCGGAGUUUACUCCAGAUCCUCUACUCACCUCUAGGAUUAAACCAAUCGUAUCCGUCCUCUCCUAAUCCGUCAACUCCUCGGAACCAUCCGGUUUUACAGGAUAUUUUACAAGAAUCGUGUAAGGGAUUUCUGGCUCCUGCUGCACUGUUACCUCCGCCACCCUGCGCACCCGGGCAACCAGCCAGCCCGCUACAUACACUCCAGGUCAGGGAAUAUUGUGAGAGGGAGGGGGCGGACACGACAAUAUCCGAGCAUAUAGCAGCCCAGGAGAACAAGAAGAAGGGGAAGAAGAAGAACAAGGUUGGAGGAAAGAAGAAUGUAAGGAGUAGACCGUAUUCUUUAGAAAUAGCAGGAUACCAGACAAAGAGAGAAGCUGCAGUGUAUCCUAGAUGA